UUCUCUAGGGUAGCGUUCCCCAGUCUUUUUUUUCCAGCACGAUCUGGUUUCAUGUAAAGACAUUUCAAUAGAUAGUCAGAGCUGCUGUUCAGCAAGGCAGACGCUGAAUUGGUGGAGGCCUAUGCGUGCCCUUAGCCAUCGUCGCUGCCCAUGAGUGGCGCCAUUUGUGAGCAACUUAACUGUGUGCCACGGCCUCACAGCUGAGCGCAACUAAACUGAAAAUGGAACAAAUCCAUUCAGGAAGAGAUUUUAUUCAGUAAGCUCACUCUAAAUAUUUGUUUGAACAAGUUUGCAAAUCACUAACAAGACUGUUCAGCCCUGUCUUCGGCUUACAAGGCAUAUUUACUUUCUUCUUACGGCGACUUUCAUAAUUGCAUAAUGUUCUCAUGUGCCGUAGGUAUCCGCUCCUAAAUUCAAUUAUCCAUCCUAAAACAUUGUAAUGUGAAGCUAAUUGAAUUGUUGUUUCAUUUACUACUUUAACCAUAGCCCACAACAUUAUUUAUUUUAAAUUUGAUUGCGCUACAUUUGGCUUGUUAGCUGAGGACUCCCAGUUUCUUUUUCCUGAAUUUGCAAUUGGUUUGUAUCUUUCAUAUAAAGGAAAGAGGUGUCUAUGUUGUAUAGAAUAUUGUCCAGCUUCCCCCCAAAAAAAAAGAAAACGGACACGUGAAGGUCAAAAUGUAUUCCCUACCAUCCCCUCGUGAAAAUUACUCUGUUCAAUGUCAGUUUGCAAAACUGACAAGAGGUUUUGCUCGGAGGUGACAACCGAAUGUACUGCCAGGGUGACUAAUGCAGCUGCUGGGGGAGAGCGUGUCUCUCGUUAAAAAUCACUGACCUCAAUAAAGAUGGACGUCGGGCACUCGGUUACGUAAUGAGUGAAGAUGAUCCCGAGUUUGCGGUAACACUGUCAGAACGUGCGCGCGUAUCAGAAGGCAUAUACGGGUGUAUCCAUGUCGACAUUGCAAUGGGACUGUAAUCCUGUGGCUUUGGUGUCACGUACUUCAUAGCUCAACUGAAUAGUGACACGAUAUUUUGUAGCGGCACAUAUAUAGGAACUCCACAAUUGCUGUAUAUAUGGGAGGCCUGGAAACCACUGCUCCUAUAGAAUUACUGUCACACCUCAGAAGUGGUCACACAGUAAACAUAUCAGACUGCAGCGAGAACAGAGAGGCCCUCUGUCUGUGCCUUACUGAGGGACCUGAUGUUGGUUUGCACUCUGCCUAGUGUGACCCCACCCCUGGUAAAUACAGGGUUGGAGGUUUCUUCCGUGGAUAAAAAUACAUUUGCCUUCUGACCGAGUAGGGUGAACAGCAAGAAUUCUUCGACUGAACCUAUUGUCCGCAAAGGAGCAAAAGACAGCCAUGUUUGGAAAGUUGCAUGCAAGAUUAGAGACAACAAAGUACACUAAGCAGGCAAGGAGAGCAGAUCACUUCUUGCUUUUGCCUUCUGUCCUUCACAGGCUUCCAUACUUCAUCAUAAAUGACGUCAGAAGACUGCCUAGCACACGAGAGUCUCCACCAGUGGAGGUAAACUUAUGACUUAGCACUCAAACUCCCACCUCAUCCAGAGGUUUCUCGCAACAGGUUGAUUUCCGACGAGAAUCAACAAGUUACAGUGGAGGACAGGGUGGGUGUCCUAACUGAGCUGAGUCGAGGGAAAGCUGAGGGACUUCCUGAUUUGAGCUGAAUACACGGGCUGAAGGCACUGUCAUGGCUUCAAGAACUCCACGUUGGUGGGGACAACCCUGAUUUGGAAACUGUACACCACACCGGAGAACAACCGUGGAGGCUUUUCAAGACGGUGAAUUGAGUAAGCGCAUGGUAAAUAUUAAAGAUAACGACCUGUAGCACAAAUUCAAAAUGAGUCAUGAGGUACAAAGCGAAGGGACAGGACUGAGGGAUGUCUAUGACAUACUAGCCAGUGUGCCACCGGAACAAGUGCUGAGCCUGACAUUCCAGCUUGGGGAGUCUCCUGAAGAUAAUAUCAUACACGCCUUAUGUCUAAUUAUUCUCCGUAAAGAGGAGAAAGUCCUGGACAAGCUCCACAUGCUGGAGCACAACGACCUUGCCAAGCAUCUGGCUGAAAUAUGGAGUAAGAGCGGGUGUAAAUUAGAAGACUUUGCAGAGCGCUGUAGUAAAUCUCAAGAUUUAACAGGACAGUCAUUGGCAGCGUUGGCUCGUGUUUUUAAAAUUCUGUCCGAGCACAGACUGUGUGAUCAACUUUUAAGGAAUCUGGCAUACCAGAGGGCCCUUUCCAGCAACAGUCAAAAUACAGACGAUGAGGAUUUGUUAUAUGAUCAACUCAAAGAGGAAGCUAAAGGUGUGUGUGGGCCUGAGCUUGCUGCGUGGACGUGUUCCUCCAGUGACAUCCAAUUAGACUCUUACAGUGAUACCCUUGACAGGCGGGUGGAAGGCGUUACAACACAGGUUCGAGGUCUCCCCAGUCCAUUGCAGUCAAGCUGUUCUGAGCCAUCAUACCCCUCACAUCUGGAGAUCAGCCUGCCCCCAACGAUCCCAUAUGAGAGGGACAAAAUAACCCCAGAAGCAUUAGGAAACCCAGAACAGAGCCCAAUCGACAGCCUAAAUGACAGAAAUUCUCUGGAACAAUCUCACCUUUCAUCUGUAGAAUCGCAGAUGACCUCCAAUGAAGCUCCUGACCUGGAAGAGUCCAAGAGAGACACAGCAUCUGAAACAGAGCCUGGAAACCAUCGGGAGGAGGAGUUCAACAAGAAAGAACCUUGUAACCAAAGUACCACACCAACAACAAGAACCCUAUCAUUUCCAACAAACGACGCUUUACCCAAAAGAACAGCCUCGCUAGAGGCCAAUUUAAACAAAUAUGGAGAAGAAGAGGAUGACCUCACAUUUUACUCAUUUGUCAUCCUGCAUGCUCCAGAAGAUGGCGAACUGGCAGACAGCAUGAAGGAAAAACUGGAGAGCAUUCUCUGUACUGAAGGUGCAAUCUUUGAUGAAUUUGCAGUACCCGGCAAGAGCGCAAUAAGGUGCAUAGAGGAAGCCAUCAAUAACUCGGCUUUUACUGUUCUGCUGCUAACCAAAAACUUCAACACACGUAUGUUGGAGGUGAAAACCAACUCGGCCCUGAUCAACGCCAUUAAAAACCAGCACAAGUACAAUACCGUCAUACCUUUGCUGCCAAGGGAGAACCCCAUGCCCAGGGAACAUAUACCAAUGGUGCUGCAGACCAUUGUUCCACUGCAGGAGAACAAAAGCUUUGAGACCAAAAUAAAAAAGGCUUUCUCGCCUGCAAAAAUUAAUCGACAGCGGAGCAUUUGGUGGCAAGAGCAGAGAACACAUCAAAGGCAGCUGCCCCAGGGGUCUGAAGCAGCACAUAUGCUGGAAAAUCUCAACUUUCUGGGCUCGAGGGACUUUUCCAGCGCACCAUCGCUCUUGCAGCAGCAUCCAAACAUUCACAUUAAUAAUGCCAGCUACAUUAUGAUCGGCAAUGACUCUCAAAUGACCGUGGAUUACUGUGGAGUUAAAGAGACAGAUAUCCAAUUUUCAGAGAAGACAGGGAAAAAAUAGAUGGCAAAAUUUUCAGUUAAAAUUAGAACAUCUGGAAUAAGAUUAUCUCUUUUAUCAACACUAAAGGGCAGCCUUUUUCAAAAGCUCUUGGGCAUAAUCAGUGUCCCGUGAGUCACUGCAUUUCGGUAAAAGCUAGCAAAAAUCAGGAGUCCAAAGAAUUGCCACUCCAUACGGGGACAAGUUGUUUUUUUUUUUUUUUUUUUACAUACCAGUGCCACCUACUGGCAAAAUUCUGAUUUACAUUUGCUGUAUCAAUCGUAUAAUUACACUGUGACUAGAUUAGUUUGCAUGCCCGAUUCACAGUUCUAAGGUUGGGGGUUGGAAUCUUAAUUUAGGCCUGUAUGGAGUUUUUCUGUUCUUCCUGUGCUUGGGUGCUUUUUCUCCAGGUACUCCAGUUUAUCCCUACAUUCCAAAAGCAUCCAUGUUACGUGAAUUAAGAACUUUAUACUGUCCAUACGUGCUGUCCCACUGAGGCCUUCACGCCCCGAGAGGGGUUGCGUCAGGAAGGUCAUCCGGCGUAAAAACUGUGCCAAACAAAUAUGAGCGUUCAUCUGAGAUGUCACGCUGUGGUGACCCCUAACAGGACAAGCCGAAAGAAACUUACAUAUACUGUCCAUGCAUGUGUAACUGGUUGCCAAACUGGCAACGUUUCCAGGGUGUACCAGUAGCUAAAAGUUAGCUGGAUAUGAUGCACGAUAGUAUAGACAAUGAAUGAAUGCAUUAAAGAAAUGUGUUUGUGUUGGGGGGAAAAACCACAAGUACACGAUCAAACAUGUUUAUCUUGUGAUACGAUUUUACUUUUGAUAAAUAUAAAAUUACAACAUGAUGGCUUCUUUUAGUUUCCUCAACUGUCCCUAAUCAGGAAAUCUUCAUGUCAAAAUUAUACGACAGGGGUCUCAAACUGUGAAUUUACCUUGCGCAUCUUCUCAAACGUCUUUUUAAGUUUUUUAAAAUACAAAAAAGAUAAACGAGGACACUGGUGUAAACAAUUUGUAUGCAAAACUGCCAAUAAAACUCCUCUUGGCAACGCAGCUGUAAUUUUUACUCAAUGAAAACUAUUUUUAUGCUUGCAUCAAGCCUGGUCGAUGUCACAUAUACCCCACCGUGAUGUGAUUGGUAGGUUGGUCAUCUCCAACACUGUGAAAGUGCCAUUCAUUUAAAACUCGAGGGCCACGCUAACAUUAAAAUUUCCUAGUGGGGUAGGGGGGGGCACAAAAUAUGAUCUUGAGGGCUCCAAAUGGCCAGCGGGCUGCCAGUUUGAGACCCCUGUUGUACAACGUCUAAAACGUAAACACAUUGAGCGAAAAUGGUUUCCUGAGCAGAAAAAAAAGAGUUUUCUCCCGUCUCUUUGCAUGUGCAUUGCACAGGUGGAAGCUUUCCCCCUUGCGUAUUCUCGUGUGUCAUCAGCGUUUUCUGUCAAGAGAAUCGGUCGCCGCCCUGUGUUCUCAUGUGAACAAGCUCAAACCGAACGACCACAAAUAUUUUCGUUUCUUCAUUGAGUGUGUUUUUCAAUAACCUCAAAAGUUGCUUGUAACCCCAUAUGGGACUAAGGUUUCCCUCCUUUGUGAGCAUGUACACAACCCACAAAAAUUCCAGGUUUUAUGGCUUUUGGGUGAACUUUUCAGAUAAACCAAAUAUGCAUUCUAACCCUAGCAGGUGAACUUAACUUGAUCUUUUGUGAAUUUUUGAGCGCACGUGUCUGGGAAUUUCACCAGAAAGUCUUUAACGUUUUGUGAGGAGUGCAUGAAAGGCCACUUUCAAUAUGGCUGGGUUGCACGUGACUUGACGCUUGUUCGUCCGGUUACUUGACCGCCAUUGUUGUAGACAAACAGUCAGCUGUGUAUCGUCAUCAUGCCAGAUUUUUGUUGCGUCUAUGGAUGUGGAAAUCGCGGAAACAGAGACAUUGGGAAGAGAUUUUUACGUAUUCCAAAGAUUACAAUGCAUGAAGGAGACGAUACAAUGGAUUUAUCGUAAAAAACGGCAACAAAAGUGGCUUGCAAAUAUACGACACAGAUCUAAACGAAGCUUGCGUACACAAAUCAAAUGGUUAUUUGAAAGUCUGUUGGGAUCAUUUUGUAAGUGGUAAAAAUGUGAAUUUCUAAUGUCCGAUUAUUCGACUUGAGGGAAGUCUUUCAGAUCCUGUGUCAGGACUUCGUUGUGGAGAGUAUACGGAUCGAUAUGUUCACAGAGUUCGAUCUUCUGGACAUAUCUAGCUUUGGCGACAUCGUCGAGUGAAUUAAAGUCGGCAGAAAACAUCCGCCGCUCACACAUGGGCCUGUGGACGUUGCCAUGGUGAUGUUGUCUGCAACGCCUACCUUAUCUGUAGAAAUGCCGGCGAUUAUCACGUGAUUGCAACCCAAGCAUAGUGUAGUUCGUUGCAAACUGGGAAAUGGCGUAUUGGAUAUCAGAUUUGCCAAUGGAAAAUGUUUUCGCAAGUGAAUGUCUCGGAUCACCUUUGUUACUGUGUCAUGGGUUUUUACAAGGUGUCUCACAAGUCAUGCACCAUACAACAAAAGAUACAAGUUUGCUUCUACAAUUUAGUUACCAAAUCAAUAGUUAGCGUCUUCUUUUACGUCUUCGACUACACUUUCCUCUUUCUCCA